AUGGCCAGGGCUUUUUCUUUUUCUUUGUGCUGCGAGUGUUUGUUUUGGAUAUCACUAUUGAUCUAUGCAAAAGGAACAAAAAAGGAAGCAUAUCUAGAAUCUAACAAAAGAGUUCUUACGAUAGUUGAUGCUCUUGAGAAAUUAGAGCUUAGUCCCAAGCAUCGUGGUUCACAGGUUCUUGAAAUUCAAAAUUUCAACCCUACUUCUCUAGAUGAUGUUGCACGUGUUCAUUCAAGAUCUUACAUCACUGGACUCAAAAAGGCUAUGGGUAGAGCUUCAGAUGAAGGUCUGAUAUUUAUUGAAGGGACUGGACCAACAUACGCUACAGAGACUGUAAUGCUUUAUCUUGGAAGCUACCCUGGUACUGGUAAGAUUAAUGAAUUCGGACAGGGUGAUGGUGAAGGCAUGACACUCAACCUUCCUUUGCCCGGUGGCGCAGGUGACUACGCCAUGAGGUGUGCAUUUGAUGAGGUCAUUGCUCCAUCGUCUCAUCGAAAUAAGUCGGGUGAGAUCCUCCUAUCCAUCCUUAAAAUCAAGGCUCUUCAGUUCAUGAACAUCCUGAGAAAAUAA